CACCUCUGCAGCUGGACGUUGGCAAUGCUGAGCUGCUGAUGCGAACGCUGUGAGAGCAGAGGCAGCGUCGACGCCUUCUUCGUGGGCUUCUUCCGCAGGCAUGGACUGGUCCUCCUUGCUCCUGGCCUCCUGGCUCAGCCUCUUCAGGAUGGGUGCCCCUUCCCACAAGUGGUCCAUGCAGGUGCCCUCGGACGUCACCGGUGAAGCCGGCGGUUCAGUGGUCCUGCCCUGCACCUUCACCCAUCCCCACAAGUCCUACGACGGGCCGCUCAUGGCCAUCUGGAGGGUGAGGGAGCCCUACGAUGGGGCCCCGGUGUUCCAGUGCGUGGCACCUGCUGCCAGUGACCACUGCCGGACCACCGUCAGCUACAAGAGCAAAUACAAGCUCCUGGGCAACCCCCGGCACAACGACCUCUCCAUCAAAAUCGACAACCUGACGUGGAGCGACAGCAACCGCUACUUCUGCCGGGUGGAGUUUGCGGGGGACAUCCGUGACCGCUACGAGAGCAGGGUGGGCGUUCGGCUCCACCUGACUGCCUCGCCCAGGAUCGUCCACAUCACUGUGCGUGCCUCUCAGGACCAGGCCUUCAGCGCGCUGUGCACGGCCGAGGGGGAGCCCCCGCCCUCCCUCACCUGGAGUGGGCCCGCCGCCGCCAACGGCACCGCCGCAUCCAACCAGGAGCACCAGGUCACCAAGGAGUUGCACGGCCUGGCCCAGGACGGCCGCUAUACCUGCACGGCCACCAACCCCUACGGCCGGGCCGAGGGGAGCGUCUACUUCUACAGAUUCAGAGCCGGGGCCGGCGGCUCCUUCCUGCUCCCCGGGCUCCUGUCCUCCCUGGGGGCCAAGCUCAGCCUGUUGGUGGCCAUCUUGGGGGCCAUCGCCUUCCGGGGCAGAGGAUGCUCAGCAGCUCAGGCUCCCGCAUCUAGGUCUCAGGCCCAGGAGUCGACAUAUGAAAACUUCGAACGCAGGAACAACCGGGGCAACCAGCCUGCAGUGUCAGAAUAGCGUCGGCAUUCCCCCAUCCUCGGAGGGUCCCCUUCCACCAUGCUGGAGGAGGUCAGGGGUUCUCGAUCCCACAGGCUCUUCAGAACCUGGCAACCGGACAGUUUGCGGCAGAUCCUGGAGGGUGGCAGGCUGUGGUACAUUGGUUUCCCGGCUCUGCCAUCUGUCUGCCUGCUGGGUGACUUUGGACAAAUCACGUAACUUCUCUGUUUCUCGG